UUUCUCCCAAGGAAGAAAUUCUCUGUGUGGUGAUUGCAUUCGCGCAAUGAUGUAGUGGAUUUUCGUGCGGACGGUCACAGCGAAGUUGAAUCCCUUCGGAGCGUGAGCUACACAUAUAUAGGACCCACACAGGACCCGUUCGCGAGUAAGCGAACAGAAAGCCUCGCGUGCGUGCGUGCGACAAGCCAUUUUCUGUGCAGCAGCUGCAGCGAGCCUUGUGUAAUUGAACGGGGAGGCUUUGGAGCAGAAUUAUCGGAGAUUGUGCGUCAAGUGCGAAACGGUGCGCGUUUGUCGGCGGUGAUGCUGCCGCCCGAGAGUGUGUGAACCGAAAGUGAGCGAUCGAAGUACACAACAUAAUAUAGAGUGCGGCCCUCGGCGGGCAGGUGUAGGCAGCACUACCAAGUCAGUCGGGGCAACCUGAGCAGAGACAGCAAAGGCGUGAAAAACACAGCGGAGCAACCAUGGAGUCACUUAUUCCCAUCGUUAACAAGCUGCAGGAUGCGUUCACCCAGAUGGGUGUUCACAUGCAGCUCGACCUGCCACAGAUUGCGGUGGUCGGUGGGCAGUCGGCAGGAAAAUCGUCGGUGUUGGAAAACUUUGUCGGAAGAGAUUUCCUACCGCGUGGCUCUGGUAUCGUUACUCGUCGGCCAUUGAUUCUGCAACUUAUCAAUGGAACAGUCGAGUUUGGCGAGUUCCUGCACCAGAAGGGGAAAAAGUUUACAAACUUUGACGAAAUCCGGAGCGAGAUCGAGGCUGAAACCGAUCGUGUUACUGGCAGCAAUAAGGGCAUUUCGACCAUACCGAUUAACCUACGGGUGUACUCACCUCAUGUACUCAACCUGACGCUUAUCGAUUUGCCCGGUCUAACGAAGGUGCCAAUCGGUGAUCAGCCGGCUGACAUCGAGAACCAGAUCAAGGGUAUGAUAUUCCAGUUCAUCCGCAAGGAAACCUGCCUGAUUCUGGCGGUUACGCCGGCCAACACCGAUCUGGCGAACAGCGAUGCACUGAAGUUGGCCAAGGAGGUGGAUCCGCAGGGCGUCCGAACGAUCGGUGUCAUUACGAAGCUCGAUCUGAUGGACGAAGGCACGGAUGCACGCGAUAUUCUUGAGAACAAGCUGCUACCCCUGCGCCGCGGCUACAUCGGUGUGGUGAAUCGCUCGCAGAAAGAUAUCGAGGGCCGGAAGGACAUUCACGCGGCGUUGGCAGCGGAGCGCAAGUUCUUCCUCAGUCAUCCCAGCUACCGUCAUAUUGCCGAUCGGCUCGGAACACCGUACCUGCAGAAGGUACUCAAUCAACAGCUGACCAAUCAUAUCCGCGAUACACUGCCGGCCCUGCGUGAUCGCCUCCAGAAGCAGCUGCUCACACUCGAGAAAGAUGUGGAUCAGUUCAAGCACUUCCGGCCGGACGAUCCGAGCAUCAAGACGAAGGCGAUGCUGCAGAUGAUCCAACAGUUGCAGUCCGAUUUCGAGCGCACAAUUGAAGGGUCCGGUUCGGCGUUGGUCAACACUAACGAGCUGUCCGGUGGUGCUAAGAUCAACCGUAUUUUCCACGAACGGUUGCGCUUCGAGAUCGUGAAGAUGUCAUGCGACGAAAAGGAACUGCGGCGCGAGAUUUCGUUCGCCAUUCGCAACAUCCACGGUAUCCGCGUUGGUCUGUUCACGCCGGACAUGGCGUUCGAGGCCAUCGUCAAGAAGCAGAUCUCGCAGCUGAAGGAACCCAUCCUCAAGUGCGUUGAUCUGACGGUUCUGGAGUUGUCUAACGUGGUCAGAAUAUGCACGGAUAAGAUGGCCCGCUAUCCUCGGCUGCGCGAUGAAACGGAGCGUAUCAUCACCACGCACAUCCGGCAGUGCGAACAAAAGUCAAAAGAGCAAAUGAUGCUGCUGAUUGACUACGAGCUGGCCUACAUGAACACCAAUCAUGAGGAUUUUAUCGGCUUCGCAAAUGCUCAAAGCAAAACUGAGAACGCGGUCAAGACGGGUACCCGCAAUCUGGGAUCGCAGGUCAUCCGUAAGGGACACAUGUGCAUUCAAAAUCUGGGCAUCAUGAAGGGUGGAUCACGGCCGUACUGGUUUGUGUUGACUUCCGAGAGUAUUUCGUGGUUCAAGGAUGAGGACGAAAAGGAAAAGAAGUUCAUGUUGCCGCUGGACGGCCUAAAGUUGCGAGACAUUGAGCAAGGUUUCAUGUCCAGGCGCCACACUUUCGGACUCUUCAAUCCCGAUGGGCGUAACGUGUACAAGGAUUACAAACAACUGGAGCUGUCCUGCGAAAGCACCGACGAUGUGGAUUCGUGGAAGGCGUCGUUCCUGCGAGCGGGUGUCUAUCCCGAAAAGGACACUCCGGCCAACGGGGAUGAGACCGAAGGAUCGGAGGAGAGCAGUGAAACUGGCCAAAGUGCCGGUUCGUUAGAUCCGCAGCUAGAACGGCAGGUUGAAACGAUACGCAACCUGGUAGAGUCGUACAUGCGAAUUGUUACCAAAACUACGCGCGAUAUGGUCCCGAAAGCCAUCAUGAUGCUGAUCAUUAACAAUACCAAGGAUUUCAUUAACGGUGAACUGUUGGCGCAUCUCUAUGCCUCUGGCGAUCAGGCCUCGAUGAUGGAGGAGAGCGCCGAUGAAGCACAAAAACGCGAAGAGAUGAUGCGAAUGUACCACGCGUGCAAAGAAGCGUUGCGCAUUAUUGGUGACGUUUCAAUGGCUACCUUUUCGACCCCGGUGCCGCCACCAGUGAAAAACGAUUGGCUGUCGAGUGGUCUCGACAACCCGCGGCUAUCACCGCCGAGUCCGGGAGGCCCACGAAAGGCUGCCCCACAGCAACAGGGAUCGUUGGGUUCCAUGGGAGCUCCUGCUGGACGGGGACCACCGCCGGCACCGGCCAGUGCUAGGCCGGCACCGGCAAUACCGAACCGUCCCGGCGGUGGAGCAGCACCACCCCUGCCCGGUGGUCGGCCAGGUGGCCAGGCGUUACCAGCGCCGCUAAUUCCAUCACGGCCGGGAGGUGCCGGCGCCGCGGGUAUGGCGCAGAUGAUUCCGGCUAGCACCAGGCAGCAGAUCAACCAGCAGGUUGGCCAGGCGGUUACCAACGCCGCAAUGAAUGAACUGUCGAAUGUGUUCGCCUCUAAGUUCAAGUAAAGUAUUGUCGAUCGUUGUUUGACUAGCGAAUAGCACGUUUAACUCAUCCACUCCUCCUUAUCGCGCGUUAUGUGCUCUCGUCGUGCGAAAGAUCUUAUUUUUAACUCACAACAGGAGCAUUUAACCAGCAUCACCACCACCGCCCAUAUAUCGUACAGAUUGUGAGCGACGCCGCACGUCGUUCGCAUUCAUGUUAGUUGUGCUUAUGUACCAUCCCACAGCCGGGCGCAUCUCUGUCCGUUCUUGUCCAGUUCAUUCCAUUUGUCCCCCCAUACCUAUAUCGGUUCUCCCACCGGUGUUGUUACUUACGUUGUUACUGAGCUGAAUAGAGGGUAUUUACGUGGCUCGCUUAAAUGCUUUGAGAGGAUCGCCAGUUGGCCGGAGGUCGGAAGGCGGCGGUAGCGAAGUAGCAAGCUACCAAGCUACCCAACAAAAUGUGGUUACAUUUAAACUAAGAAUAUACCAAACGACUACUUGUUCUACUAUUACUACAAGCAAAUUAAGCGACAAAAGAAUAAAAGACGAAAACGUAGCCGUAACGAUAAGCAACCCGCACCGAACAACCUACAACAAAAACAGUAUAAGCAAACCGGAAAAUAUUAACUAUUGCAAACCUUGCCAUACUCUUCUGCACCUUUGCACACCGACAUGACGGAUGCAACAUGUUGAUGUUGUUGAUUGUAUGUUGAAUGCUUAAGUGUAUUUGUGUGUCUACUAGGUUCUAAUGCAUUAACCCCACUGCUCCCGGAGCGGAGCAGAUGGCACAAGAGAGUACACGGUAAGCCCAAUAACCUAUCUAAGAAAAACCUAUCCACCAAAUCAAGAAGUUCUAGGCCGGAAGGAUCGUACACAGUUCGAUGAACCGUGAAUCUCUCUUACCUAAACAAACCACAACAAAUAUCUCCGCCAUACACUAUUCGUAAAUAUUACCAUAGUAGGGGAAAGCUUGGGCGAAACAAGAACAUCCGUGAUCGCAACGGCAAGCCCUAUGUGAAAGCAAAAAAAGGUAGAAAAGGGGAAAAGGACACAAAAAACAAAGGCAACCUAAUUAUAUUACGAAAAAUGAUAUACAUAUAUACGCCCAUAUAUGCAUAUAUAUUAUAUUGAUAUAGUUCUAUGAUAAAGUUGUUCAAUGUUUGCGUGCGCGAAAAUUGCAAAAGACAAAAAAAGUAUAAAAACGCUUAAUAUUGUAGAGAUAAAGGUACCGAAGAAGCUCACACGCCAGUAAAAGUAGAAUCGGGCACACCAACUCGCGUUGCGCGUAUGUUAACACGCGACUCGUUUAUCCACCCUUCCGAAGCGCAACCGUUAGGCGAUCAUUCGAUCAACUUGAUCCUCAUCUGUUGUAUUGUAGCAUUAGCCACGAAGGUCUGAAACCACCAGAGUUUCGUGACAAGCAAAAUCCUGUUUCGUUUCAUUUCUCCUUUCUUUAUGCUGGACCGCAUUUUGAUCGAUUCGCUCAGCCCUUCAUGAUCCCAUAUGCUACGAUCGUGCUAAACACAUUCCAAACGAUGCCAAAUCCGCAUCGAGGGUCUCCGUAUUUGUUUGCUGUUUGCUCUCUCGGUAUCGUUUCGUUUCAAACGCUUACUUCCCGGGUCACACACAGCGAACGGAAAUAAGGGUCUGCGAAUAAGAUUAAUGCUACAGUACGUGAAAGUCAAUUAAAAUGAGUGUGUGUGGUAUGUUAUCAUCACAGGGCCAAUGACUGUUUUUCAUGUUUCAUCCACUCCCACUGCUCCGGUCGAAAAUCGCAGCGACGGCGACCGGCCAUUCAUUGGCGUUUCACAGUUUCGUUUGCCCACAAUUGUUAAAAUUAUGUGUAAAGCUGUUAAUACAUUUCCCACGAUAUAUUGUGAAAAGACAAACGUAUGGGUAGUAUUCGUUUUCCAACUGCAACAAUCGAAAUGAACAAAAUGUCGCACGCUUAAAGUUAAUUAUAUCUAAGCAUAUAUUAUAUACAUCAACAUGAAUACUCCCUAGUAGAGAGUUUUUUCUUAUUGUAAAUGACCGUAGAAUAGUCUGCUCGACAUAAGGCAUAUUUUAAAAGUUGCAAAAAAGGAUAAUCUCGAAGCUCUUCUCUAGCAAGCUUUAACAUAUCUUGAAAGUCAUCUAUUCACUGAAUGAAUCUGCUCGCUUUAUUUACAAAUACCUCUGAGUACAUGACAUAACUAUUUAAAUUCCUUCUACCCAAAGCAGACAUAGUCCUCUUCUAACGGGUUCUAUUAUUUCGUACGAUCAUCGUUGCCACUCGUUUGCCCUGGUUUGUCACGAUCGUGUAUCUGUGUCUAAUGUUAUCGACUGCGACCACUCACGCUCCAUUAAAUUAUGAUAUAUAAUUUCAUCCCCAUCACGCUUCACAAACACGUGAAUACCGUGUGAAUACUUCGUCUUAGAGUCAACGAAAAAAAGUCAAAAAAUAAUGGUAGACCGAAUACCAAGGUAACCGCCAGUGUUCGUGCGUUCGUUUAUUGCAACCUUUCACUCUAAUACGAAACAAAUCCUUCCUCUGUACCAUGAUUAGUGUGUGUCACCGUUAGUAGAUAAGUGCCGUACAGAAAAGAAUGAAACGUACUGUGGCAGUUUUCCUUAUCCUAACGAUACAACGCAAAGUAAUGGUCGAAAGCGAUACACCAGGAAUGUUGCCCGCUCUCAUUGAACAGAAUGGUUUUAUUUUUCUACACUCACGCAUGCGGCUUUCUACCCAACGGGUUUUGGGUUUCAUUUGGCAAAUCGCUAGCGUGUAGUUCAAUCUACAGUUAUUCACUCAUCUCUAGCCUACACGGUAAAGCUGAUAACAUACCAUAAUAUAACUUUAAAUCCUCCUCCGUGCUUCAGUCUUGUAAAGAGAGUAGCACAAGAACUAAAUAUCGGUUGCACGCGCGAACGUGGCAUUUUAACGAAAGUUCAACAGAAGUGCAAGCAAACAUCCAGUAGCUGGAGUGAAGUCGAUACCCGUUGCUCUAGUGUGUAAGACCCCAAGGAUGUGGCUAUGAAACCCAGCCGACAAACGACGAUUGCGACUGAGAGCAUCUCGUGAGCGCGCAGGCAAAGGGUUAAAGAUAGGAAGCAAUGUAACUAACAAACAAAAACAACAAAAAGCACUAUUUAUGUUACUGAGGCGCGCAUAGCUUCGAGCCGAGUAACCAAACAAAAUAACAGCCCAAAAGUAAGAAGAUAAACAUACAACAAGAAAAGUAAAAACAAACCAACAACAGAAAGAAACAAAAUAUACAUAUUAUAUCUAUUC